AUGACCUCUACACUCUACCCCUCCGCCUCGGUCGCCGACGAGGUUGUCCUCAUCACCGGAGCGACCGCAGGCAUCGGCGAGGCCUGCGCCUAUCGAUUCGCAGAGGCUGGCGCCCGGCUCGUACUCCUCGGCCGCCGUGCGGAGCGGCUAUCGGCACUGCAGGAGUCGCUCGCCUCAAAGUACGGCACGCAGUCACACACCGUACAGCUCGAUGUGCAGGACCUCGACGCAGUGGCAGCGCUGCCCGAGACGCUGCCGGCUAGCUUUGCCGCCGUAUCAGUCCUCGUCAACAACGCAGGGCUGGCUCUCGGCGUCUCGCCCGCAGAGGCUAACGACAUGGCCUCAGUCACGACGAUGCUGACGACCAACGUGGCGGCCGUCAUGGCCUUUACACGCGCCUUCGUCCCCGGCUUCAAGCAGCGCGGCAAGGGCCACCUCAUCAACGUCGGAUCGAUCGCAGGGCACGAGGCGUACGCCGGCGGCUCCGUCUACUGCGCGACCAAGCACGCCGUCGAUGCUUUCACCACGGCAGCGAGGCACGACCUGAUCGCAACCCCGGUGCGCGUCACCGCCAUCUCGCCCGGCAUCGUCAACACCGAGUUCUCCACCGUCCGGCUCGGCUCAAAGGAGAAGGCGGAUGCGGUCUACGCCGAUGUCGAGCCGCUCGUUGCCGCCGACGUCGCCGACAACAUCUUCUACGCGGCGACCCGGCCCGCGCACGUGCAGAUCGCCGACAUCGUCGUGCUGGCCACCAACCAGGCGGCCGCCAAGGCCAUCGCCAGAGUGGGACCGUCGCUCGGCGCGUGACGGGGCGCGAGCAGGUGGAGCUGCACAGACUCGAGAUCUCCGAGGAGGGCGGGUGGGCGGCGUGUGUCACUGUGAGCCAGCCGCGCUUUUAUAGUGGAUUGUGAGGGCAGAGGCGAGAGGGGCGAGAGGGCAGAUCUGUUCGGGUGACAUCUCGGCGUCGAA